AGCAAUUAAAAAAUUUGCUUACUAGACGUUAUAACUUUGUAAGGAUCAGCAAUUUUUUUAAUUCACUUAAAGGCUACUUACUUAUUUAUUAACAUUACAGUAGCUGUUUAAAUAUGAAUAAGUAGGUUUUUGUUGAGUAAAGUUACACUAUAUGGCCAAAAUGAGACUGAAAUUUAUUAUAUUACUGGUAAUUUUCCCUGGAGUACCAUGCACAAUUCCCGGUAUACCACCUGAGGAUUUACCAGCUUUGGCGGAAUCAUACCUCAAGUACAGCCAAGAACGUAUGCAGCUGCAACUAGCUGCUCAGCAGGCGAAACUUCACCCUCCUCAACUGCAAGCCCCACAAGAUGAAAACAACCAACAAAUGGAACAACCUCAAGAACAAGAACCAGAGGUUCAAUUUUUCGACGAAGAAGACAACUUCCAGAACUUCCCCAUGAUGAAUCAAGAAACCCAGGAAAUUUCUCCCAGAGGUUUUGAUGCACCACCAACGGAAAUGCAGCCACCUCAAGAAAUGCCUCCCAAUCAAGAAGAAGGCAGGCUUUUUCAACCAGAACCAGAGCCAAUGAGGAGGGAGGACACCGAUAGCGAGCAAGCCCAGCAGCAAGAAUUUUUGAAUAAUUUUUGGGCCAAUACUAAUAACAAUUGGAACAGUCAAGCACCCGAGAAUUUCGUCAUGGAUACCAAUGGAGAAAGACCAACUGAAACAAACCAAGAAUCUAGGGCAGCUGAUCCGACUCUUCAUCACCAUCAUCAUCAUUCCCAUAGUAAAGGUAUUCAUGGAUACCAAAGCUCAGCUGUAGUUACACCAGUAAUUGUAACCCCAGCUAUAUCCCAUGGCUAUAGUGGGCAUAGUGUUAUAAACCAAGGUUUUGGUGGAAACGGUGCUAUAAAUCAAGGUUAUGGUGGACAUGGUGCCUUUCACCAAGGUUAUAGUGGGCAAAGUGGCAUAAAUCAAGCUUACGAAGCAUAUGGCGGUCAUAGCCCACUUGUGCCAUAUUCAGCUGGUGUUCAUUCUCAACUCGCCCCAGUUCAUUCAACCAAUGUCCACAUAACAAACGUAAAUUCGCAAAGUUCUGUAUCACCGGUACAACAUGGGGGUUAUGUAAAAUCUCCUCAUGAAGAAAUGGAUCAUGAACCAAUUAUAGGUAUGGAAAGUCCACAUUUCACUGAAGAUAUUGUGGGCAUGAAAAGUCCCGAUUUCAAUGAAGGUAUAGUCGGUGAAGCUGAACCUGAUCAAAGUAUGAACAUAGAAGAACCUAAUUCUAAUGCAGAUGUAAACGAACCAGUUGAUAGAAAAUUUGAGGAGGCUCAACUUGGACGAGGAUUAAUGCUCCCACCUGGACUAUUACACCUUCCUCUAUUGCACGCGCCCACACUUCUACCAACGUUACCUUUAUUACCACAUGCAAGAGCCUCUGUUAUCGAUCCGUUCGCCCACGCUAACAUGCAGAACAUGCAGAACCUCCAAAACAUCAAAAACAUGCAGAACGCGGCGAAAUUCUACGACAAAAUGAACAAGGACAGCGCAAAUUUCGCGAAAAACAACAAGCAACUCAUAGAGAAUGCCAAAAAGGAAAGAGAGUUGUUUGCCAAAAAUUUUGAUGAACCUAAGAAAUCCUUAUUCCCGAAUACCACUCCAAAACCCCUGUUUCCAACCACCAACGCGCAACCUAAACCUUUAUUCCCGACCGCCAGCGAUUCGCAACCUAAGCCCUUGUUCCCGUUUUUCCAAAAACCAGCAGAACAGACCAAACCAGCGUUAAAUAACAACGUCGACCUAAGCAAAUUUGGCUCGAAUAUUUUUAAUACACCACCAACUGCAGAUACAACCCCAAAAUCUUUAUUUGAUAGGUUUGCAGGAAAAAACAGCGAAUCUAAACCACCUGCUUUGUUCGAUUUAAGCAAAUUUGAUAAAAGUCACAUCAAAAGGCAAGCAGAUGUCCCUGAAACCGUUGAUGGAAAAAUACCAGUACAAGUUGUAGAAGGACCAGUUAAAAUUAUUCACCCAAAAGAAGAUCACGUGGGAUCUCCCUAUCUAUUCGACAUACCAAUAAAUAUAAACCGCGAAGCUGAAAGGUACAGUAGAAGCAAUCCAAAUUACCUCAACAUGGCUAAAGAAAUUACCGAUCAUGCCCUAUCAAGCAUCGUAAACGCUGGCAAACUAUUUCAAGGCCCAAAAGACCAAAAACCCUUGGAAAACCUCAACAUCGCUUCAGACAUAACAAAAAAAGCUCUUGAAACCGCGCAAGCUGCAAGUAAUGACGACGAAGAAUCAGCUAGUCCUACACAGGGAUGGAAAAAUUCUAAGGUUGCUGGUACCAAUCUUGAUGAGUUCAAGAAAACUAUGUCAGAGCUUCAGGAAAGCGAUACAAACUUGAGUGAGCAGAAACUACAGGUGUCAGGUGAUGGUAAAGCUGGUGGUUUGAAUAUGGCUCAGAGUAUUGUACAGGGAGACUUAAACAAAGAGAAAACCCCCAAGGUUGCUGGUACUAAUCUUGAUGAGUUUAAGGAAAUUAUGUCAGAGCUCCAGGAAAGCGAUACAAAGUUGAGUGACGAGGAACGACAGAUCUUAGGUGCUAUAAAUGAGGAUUAUAUGAGGAAUAAUCAGAAUCAAGAUGGCUAUAUGAUGAAACGACAAGCAGGAAAAAAAUCAAAAAAUGAUACCAAAGAGUCUAAAAAUACCAAAGACACAGAAGAUUUCAAAGAAUGUGAUAAAGAUUGUAGCGACGAUGUUUUGGAAAGUAUUUUGGGUGCUCAGCAGCAAACCAAAGACCAAGAAUCUUUGGAUGAAGCCAAGAUAAGUACAGAUAAACAACUGAAAAAGAUCAUUAAAAAUCAAAAGGAUUUCCACAAAGGAAAAAUGAGCCAGGAAAGUAUCGACGAUCUUUUGAACAAACAAAAAGAUGUCAUCAAAGAAUUGAAGAGGAGUCAGGUGGAUGAUGAUCUAAUCAUGAUAGGAAAUAUCGGUGAUGGUGUAAUGAAAGAUAUGGAUGAAUCAAAGAAAAUCACCAAGAGAUCCAUAAGAACUUCAAGCAGCAAAAACUUGCUUCCAAUUCAUAAACACCACAUGAUAAAACGGGAAGAACCCACGCCCUUCCAAGACCUAAUAACAGACCCAAAAACCAAAAUCGACAUGCCUAAGACAUUGGACCACAUAGGCAGCGUUGCCAGGCAUUUAUUUGAAGACGAGACGGCUCCAAUAUUCCACUUUAGAAAUCUUGUAGGGUCAGCGCAGAAUUCAGCGAUGUCAGCGAUGAAAAUACCCCCGAAACAGUUGUUUAUACCCACCACGUAUUCAAUUGUUCAGGAUAAGGAUUUGGAGGGUAAGAAUCAGCCUGUGGUCGGGGCUGUCAAUCCUCAGAUGUUUAGCAGAAUGGGAGGAGUUGAGUCUGAGCCACUCGCCCAGCAGACUGAUUCGAAAGAUUUCGGAAAAAUGUUUUCAGGGUUUACCUCUACGUUCGAUAGGGUUGGUUCGGCGAUAAAGCAAAGUAUCGCUAAUGGCCGCCAAACUCUAAUACAUGUAAACGAAGCAGCCAAUAACGCCAAAAGUGCCAUACAAACCAUGCACAAUUUGAAACCGAAAUUGGUGAAAACCGAGCAUGUGGACAACAAAUCGAAAUCCACAAUGAUAUCGCCCAGAAUUCUGGACAUAAACAUAGAUGAUGAACAGGUGGGUGCAAGUCAACCUUCAACUGACCCUCAAAGCACAGAUUUACUCAAGUUUGGGGACGUUUUUGAUGCGGUAGGUUUCUCAAAACCAGACGAAAAAUUGGAGAUGGAAAGAAUCGUGUUUACCUCGAACGAACCACCAGUGGUAUACAGAAACAAAUCCAAGGUAAAGGCAAGUCCCACCGCGUUAAGAUCGAUCUUAAAAAUGCAACACAAAGAUUUAAACAAAAUGGAGAAAACCGUCAGCAAUCUAGAUCAGGCUGAACGUACAGUCGGAGCUACAAACUUGGAGGAUUUCAUGGGUCAAAUGAAGGAGCACAUGGAUGAUAUGCACGAAAUCGCUGACAAACAUGAGCAGGAUUUGCUGCAGAAGAAGCAAGAAAGAAUUAAGGGUACAAAAUCCAGAGCAUCAUUCGAGGAACAUCAGAAAAGGUUAAGGAUGGGUAAAGGUAAGAAGUAUGACCACCUGCUGCAGAAGAAACACCAGAAGUCCAAAAACAAGCCAAUGAAUACAAAUUACUAUAGAAGUUCGGAAGAUGUGGCUGCAACUCUACCAAAAAAGAAUGAUAAUAAGGAAAUUCCAUCGGAAGACCUUAGAGUAGGUUUAGAGUUACCUCCAGAAUUGUUGCAUCCAUAUAUGGGACUACCAGAAUUGACUCAGUAUGUGAACCAAGCCGAACAAACCAAACUGAAAUUCAAUGAAGAUCAAGGUGAUAAUUUACAAACAGAACAUAAAGAGUUUAAGCAAAAACCCAUAAAAAGUUACUAUAGAAGUGCUGAAAAUGAUGUUGAUGAAGAACAUAGACAACAUUCAUCCAGUAAGUUGGUUUUAGGCAACCCAGCCAUUCAAAAAUACCUUAACAACGAUAAAUUAACAUCUGAACAAAAAUCCAUACUACAGGCCACAAACGCCAUAAACUUCGAAAAAAUGUUCAAGGAGGCGAAAAAUCAGGAAGAAAAAUCCAUCGUUAAGAGGCAACUUCCAGAACCAGAGCCAAGUCAAAGAACUAGCAUGGUUAUGAGCAAAAUCAUGAAGAAACCUUUUAUGGGCAGACCCAGUGAUGAAAAAUACCAUGAAUAUUAUAGCGAAUAUAAUAAUAUGGAAAACCCACAACCCUACACUGCGUAUGAGCAAAAUGUGCAAUAUGUGUAAUAAAAACAACUUUCUACUUUUAUACUUUUAUAUCAUUGAAUAAAAUAACAUAAUAAAAAACUUAACCUUUAAUGGGCAUUAUUUUACCAUCUGGUCCUUUAUAUGUCAACGAAACAGCAUUACCAUUAGCAGUGCUUUUGGAAGCUGCCUGUGAAGCUGCACUGAAAGCUUCAGAAAAGUCUACGUUGAAGCUACCACCAUUGGGUAAGUUGUAUUGCUGCGUCCCAGAUAUCCCAGCUGUCCCAGUUAUACCCUUCGGGCCAAAGUUGAAGGCUUGAGUUUGGGCUCCUG